AUGGAGAAUUUUGAAGAUAUCCUCCGAUCUCGAGAAUUCCACUUCCUGAUAGGACCAGAUCGCACAAAGAUAACAAUUCAUGCCGGCCUCGUGAAAAGCCUUUCAGCCCCUCUGUUUGCUCUCAUCCACAACGGCCAAAUGAGAGAGUCUCUGUCUGGAACUGCUGAGAUGGAGGAUAUUGAAGUGGGGACCUUUGUUGCAUUUUGCGAGUUUGGAUAUCGAGGCAGGUACAAAACACCCUCGCGGACAUGCGAGGAGGAAGAGGAUGGUGAGUCCCCGACGAAGCAAGAAGGACCAAAUCAAAGUGUCAGGAUCUCUGAUUCACAGUCAGCCCAAAUCGACUCGGAAGAAAGUCAAUCGGACCGAGAGCAACAGCCCAGCCAGGCGUACAUUUUUGAAAGGCCAAUCGGCCCUUUUCAUAUUCCUCCCUCCGGCUGUUCUCCAGAGCGUGAACACUUCGAGCCAAAAGCCGCGUCCACAUUUGUCAUCAGCCCAUCCAGACACCGGUUGCGCCAAUUCGAGUUUCUAGAAUUUCCUGGCGAGGAGGCCGUCAAGGCACACAAUCCAGAUUUCCUUGCACAUGCGAAGAUCUACAUGUUUGCGACUCGGUACCUUGUUGACUCACUGAGAGAACAAUGCUUGAAGUCACUUCACCGCGACCUCUGCGAAUUCACCCUCAAUGCACGGAACAUGUCUCACUUUCUUGACCUACUCCAGUACACUUUCGAGCAUACUGGUCGACAGGAGCCGGGUGGAUUUGCUUCCCUGAGAAGAGUAGUCAUCGACUAUACUUCCUGCAAGGCGAAGUAUUUGGUCAAAAGUGCUCGAUUUCGGCAAAUUCUGGAUACGUUUGGAGAAAUCGGUUCCGAUCUUGUUGCAAAACUGGUUCAGUGA